AUGUCAUAUCAAGUCAACGUCGCACCCUCCUCAGCGUCCAUCUCCUCCUCAUCUUCCGUCUCAGACGAGGAGGACGACCGUCUAUCCGACUGGGCAUCUUCGUUAGGUGAAGCCAGACAGACCAAAUCCUUGUUCGACGAGACCAUCUUACCUACUCCCGAAGCUGCUUUGGAACACGAUGCGAAUAUAUGGGAUUUCAAAUUGAAUGAGACAUGUCAGAAGCUGGGAUUGGAUAUGUUCGGUAGAAUAAGGUUGAUCAACUUGAUCAGGAAUGCCGGAUUGACUAAAGAUCAAAUCGACGCUUUGUCUCCUACUGAUCAAUUGUUCAAAGAUGAUAAUUUGUUGAAACCCGUUAUACCUGAUGAUCCAUUACUUCAAUACGAUCCAGACGAUUCUUGGUCGGAUGACGAAGAUAUCUCUCAACCACCUCAAUCUGACGCUGGUCCAUCUCAAACUCAGCCCGCAUCAACAGAGAACAGCAGAGUCGCUCAAUUAGAAGCAGAGUUGGAACAAGCUAGGAAAGAUCUCGCUUCUAUGCGAACACUUAUCUCCAAAACCGUAGGAGUAGAAGAUGACGAACAAGAGGAUCAAUCUUCCCCACAGAUAGAAGGUACCGGCAAAGGGAAAGGUAAAGCUGUGGAAAGGGACGAUGAUACUCAUUAUUUCCAUUCUUACGAGGAGAACGACAUUCACGAGAUCAUGUUGAAAGAUACUGUACGAACUGUAUCAUACGCCAGAUUCCUCUUGUCCAACCCCCAGAUCCUCAUAGAUGCUAUAGUGAUGGACGUAGGAUGUGGAACGGGUAUUUUGUCGAUGCUCGCUGCUAAGGCUGGAGCCAAACAUGUAUACGCCAUCGAGGCUUCUGGAUUAGCCGUAAAGGCCAGAGAGAACAUCAGGAGAAACGGUUUCGCGGAUGUCAUCACUGUCAUCCAAGGGAAAGUCGAGGAUAUCCAAUUACCUGUCAAACAAGUUGAUGUGAUUGUUUCUGAAUGGAUGGGAUACAUGCUGUUGUACGAAUCAAUGUUAGAUUCCGUCUUGGUAGCUCGAGAUCGUUUCCUCGCGCCAGGAGGAUUGAUGGCUCCCUCUCAGACUAGGUUGGUGAUUAGUGCUAUCACGGGAGAAAGAACUUGGAAAGAGAGGAUUUCAUUCUGGCCAUCUGUAUAUGGGUUCGAUCUCAGUGAGAUGCAAGGUCCAGCUUUCGAAGAGGGUUUGACGGAAGUGGUCGAUAAAGAGGAAGUCGUCACUACAGAGGCCGUAGUACGGGAUAUCAACUCGCACACAGCUACGAUCAAAUCAUUAGAUUUCCAUUCCACAUUUACCCUUCGAUCAACCUCAUCAUCUGAGGUGGAAAUCAAAGCUUUCUUGACUCAUUUCGAUACCUUCUUCAGUCCCGUUUCUGGCGAAGUUUCUCAUAUCCCUUUGGAAGAGGAUGUAGACAUUUUGCCUUUUGGUGAUGACGAGUAUGAGAGACCCGUUCAACCUCUCGAUCAUUCCGACAAAGGGAUGAAAGUAAGUUUCACAACUGGACCAAGAGGUAAAUACACACAUUGGAAACAGGUCGUUUUCUUACUUCGUAAACCCAUCGUUCUCAAAUCGAAUCAACAGAUCGUUGGACGAUUUUUCUGUAAGAAAUCACCAACGAAUUCUAGAGAGUUGGACGUGGAGAUACAUUAUAGAGUUGUUGAAGGUGGUAAUGGGGAUGUAGGAGAAGGAGCAUAUGAUGUGCAGUGUUAUAAAGUUAGGUAA